GUUCCAUGCAAAAAAUGUAAAUAGUAAAAAAAUUUUGAAAUUAAUUGCCGAAUUAUCGUCAAAAUGGGAACGUGGACAUUAGAGGUGGCAAGAAUGGCACUUUACAUAUCCUUUCCUGUUGCAAUGUUCUUCUAUUUCAACCAACCGCAAUAUUUUGAAGAAUGGGUUGUGAAGACGAAGCGCGAGCUUUACCCCCCAGAAGACAAGGAAAAGAGGGCGAAGUUCGAGAAUGCCAUCAAGGCGAUUAAGCAGAAACAAGAAUUGAUACUCCUGGCGCAACUGGAAAAUAAAGGAGACUCUUAAAUUUGUUUUUAUCGAUAGUUUGAACGUUUUGUUUUUAGUAAACUUGAAUAGAGACAAUGUUGAUUUUUA